AUGUCUAGAACAUAUAUCUACAAAGAUUUACAUUGUAAAAAAUUUGCUGAUGAUGUAAUAGAAGCAUCAGAUGGAAACAUAUAUUUCAGUAUUCCAACUACCAAAUUUGGUUUACACAAUUGGUAUCUGGAUGUACUUGAAGCAAGACCUCAUGGACAACUUUUAAAGUACAAUCCUAUAUCAAAUGAAACUGUUAUUGUCCUUGAUGAUUUAGCUUUUGCCAAUGGUGUUGCAUUAUCCAAAGAAGAAGAUUAUGUUGUGGUCUGCGAAACUUGGAAAUUUAGGUGUGUUAAGCAUUGGCUAAAAGGAAUUAACAAAGGCAAAACAGAUAUCUUCAUUGAAAACCUCCCUGCUGGACCUGAUAACAUUAAUCUUGCUCCGGAUGGCUCAUUCUGGAUCUCUUUAAUUAAGGUGACUUCUGAAAAUAUGGGGUUUGUGCACACUUCUAAAGUAUGCAAGCACUUUGUAGCUUUAUUUCCAAGGCUAGUUAACAUGGUUAAUCGUGUAACUAAGUCAGCAAUGGUGGUGAAAGUGGAUACUGAAGGCAAUAUUAUUAAAAAGUUUGGUGAUAAUGAUGGAAAGAUAAUUAGUUUUGUAACUUCAGCUGUUGAGUUUGAAGACCAUCUUUACUUAGGUAGUCUUAAUACUGAUUUUGUUGGGAAAUUUCCACUGCAAAAUGCAUAGAACUAGUGAAGUUGUUCGUUCAGCUCUUAAUAUUGAAUAAUUAGUUUUGGUAUGUAUGUACUAUGAUUUAUACAUACUACAUAACAUAUCUAGGAGAGUGAUUUUAAGUUAAUUUAUGAAUAUGAUUUACCAUGUGUGACAAUAUUUCGUAUGAAUGAAUAAGAUUAUACAUAAAUUGGUUUAUGUAUAAGUUUAUGCACGAAACUACA